AUGCCCUUUCUCGGUCCGGCCAUUGGGCCCAUUGCCGGCGGUUAUCUUACCCAGUACAUGUCUUGGAGAUGGAUCUUCUGGAUCGUGUCUAUGGCCGAUGCCCUGGUUCAGGUCCUUGCCUUCCUAUUUCUGCGCGAGACCUACGCCCCCAAGAUCCUCGCGACAAAGAAGAAAAUGCUGCAGCGCGAGACCGGAAAUCCCUUGCUUUACACGGAGUACGAUCAACCGGAUCGCACACUUCCCCAGCUUCUCCGCAAGAAUCUAGUCCGGCCGUUCCGAAUGCUCUUCACCCAGCCAACCAUCCAAGCCAUCGCUUUGUACCGCGGUUACCAGUACGGGCUGAUGUAUCUUGUUUUGGCUUCCUUCCCAAACGUCUGGGAGGGAGUCUAUGAGAUGAACAAAGGCGUAGCCAGUUUGAACUACCUCUCACUGGGCGUCGGGUUCAUCAUCGGGCUGCAGUUCUGCGGGCGGCUCAUUGACAUCGUAUAUGUGCGCCUCUCCAAGUACUACGGCGACGACGGGCGGCCAGAGUAUCGAAUUCCCCUCAUGAUCCCGGGCGGCCUGAUUGUGCCCAUCGGCCUGUUUAUCUAUGGCUGGACGGCAGAGUACAAAGUGCACUGGAUCGCACCCAACAUUGGCGCCGCCCUCUUCGCGAUCGGGCUGAUCAUUUGCUUCCAAUGCUGCCAGGCGUAUGUGAUUGAUUCCUACACACGAUAUGCUGCGUCUGCGACGGGGGUGACGGCGUUUGUGCGCACGAUGGCGGGAUUCAGCUUCCCGCUGUUUGCCGACAGUCUGUAUCGCUCUCUGGGACUCGGCUGGGGGAAUAGUCUUUUAGGAUUCAUUAGUUUGGGCAUGGGGACCGUGGCUCCAGUGAUGCUGUGGUUCUGGGGAGAGUGGAUGCGGGCCAAGAGUCCGUACUGUGCCGGUGAUGAGACCAGCCAGGUUUGA